AUGGCCAAUUCAACACCACGAAGGAUAUCCCUUCCUAGCAAAGAUCCAUUUGAUGCUCAUGAUGAAGGUCACUCGAGCGCAAGCGAUUCCGAGUAUCAACAUGCGCUGGAAGUAGUUUUCGAUGCUCAAAAUGCGCAUCGUAGGAAGUCAUCCCUCGUAACAGCGGAUACUCCCGCAGCGACCUUUCAGCGAAGGAAAAAUACAGAAUGCUAUGUGCACGCAUUGCUGGAGAGUCAGCGAAAGAGCGGUAGGACAUCGAAUAGUGGAUUGGAGGGAAUAGCGGAAACUCUGGCAUCACGCAGGAUUGCCAGUGCUACGGAUGGCGUUGAAGAAAAAGAUGAUAAAUCGGUGGACGCAAAAGCGCAUAACCAUAACGAAGAAGAGGAGAACUGUGGACAGGUUGAUGAGACUUCUUGGAGAGAUAACAUCAAAGCGAAAGAUGCGGGGCAAGCGAUUGAAGAUGAGGAGAGUGGGAAGGUGCAAAUACAGACUGAUGGUGUGGAUGCGGGUGCGGGUGCGGGUGCGACACAUAGUCGACUUCUUACCAAGAAACAGCUUUCCGAUAUGGCUUGGGGGGUGAGGGAAUUGAGUAAAAGGUUGGGGAGUAUUAGGUUGAAGUUGAAGGUGAAGACGGUUUUUAUCCUUACGAAAGCCCAUGAUGAGAGUUUGAUCGCGAAUACGAGGGAGGUUACGAAAUGGCUUUUGAGCCCGGAAAGACAGGUUAGAUAUACGGUCUACGUGGAGGAAAAUCUGCGGGAUAGUAAGAAGUUUGAUGCAAAGGGGUUGCUGGAUGAGUUAGAGAACGGUGAAGAGGAACCGGUCCAUGGUAAUAAACAAAAGAGGUUGAGAUACUGGUCGUCAAAUAUGUGUAGAACGAGGCCGCAUACAUUCGAUUUCAUCGUUACGCUUGGGGGUGAUGGAACGGUUCUAUAUGCAAGUUGGUUGUUUCAAAGAAUAGUACCUCCGGUUCUAAGUUUUGCGCUGGGAAGCUUAGGAUUCCUUACAAAAUUCGAUUUUGGGGAUUUUGAGAAACAGUUAACUACUGCGUUUAGAGAUGGGGUUACUAUUAGUCUCAGAUUGAGAUUCGAAGGCACGGUGAUGAGGAGUCAGACAAGGAAAAAUAAGCCAAAUGAAAAUGGUGAUGAGGAGUCGAGUCCCAGAAGAGACCUAGUGGAGGAGUUGGUGGGUGAGGAAAAGGAAGAUGAGAGAACUCAUCGGCCAGAUGGUACAUAUGAGAUUCUGAACGAUAUUGUGGUUGAUCGAGGACCAAAUCCCACCAUGUCCUCUGUCGAAAUCUUUGGCGAUGACGAACACUUCACAUCCGUCCAAGCUGACGGCGUCUGCGUCGCGACUCCCACCGGCUCCACCGCCUAUAAUCUCGCCGCCGGUGGCUCCCUAUGCCAUCCCGAAAACCCCGUCAUUCUCGUAACGGCCAUCUGCGCACAUACUCUCUCCUUCCGUCCCAUCAUCCUUCCAGAUACUAUUGUACUCCGUCUCGGCGUUCCCUACGACGCUAGAACGAGCAGUUGGGCCAGUUUUGAUGGGAGAGAGAGGGUGGAAUUGUGUCCGGGUGAUUAUGUGACGAUUAGUGCUAGUCGCUAUCCUUUUGCUAAUGUGAUGCCUCAGGGAAGGAGGAGCGAGGAUUGGGUUAAUAGUAUUAGUGGGAAGUUGGGGUGGAACACGAGACAGAAGCAAAAGGGGUAUAAGGAGUGGACUUCGUGA